UCGCUGUCCGCUGUACGUAGUGCAUGUGAUGAGCAAGUCUGCAGGCCUGGAGGUGGCCCGUGCCCGUGGUCGUCCAGGAGCUGCUGUUUACGGUGAGACAUUAGCCUGCGCUCUCGCAUGCGACGGGCGAGCAUACCAGGACACGUGUUGGCGGCAUGCAGCCGCGCACGUGCUCAGUCCACCCCUCCGACCGGAUCCAGCAACGCCAGCUUUUCUGAUGUCCCUGCUGGCGCAGUGAAAUCGCCGCUCUACGUGCUGCACGUGAUGAGCCGUGCGGCCAGUGAGGUGGUCGCCGCCAAGAGACGGGACGCCAUACGUUCCGAGUGCGCGCUCUACGGCGAAGUAGUUGCCUGCGCCCUACGAAGUCCUGCGUCCAGGUCCAACUCGAACCUGUUACGCGAUGCCACCAGCCCACCAAUGCCGCGCGAUGAACGUACCGCCACAGGCUUAAUAAAGAUGCUGGCCUCAGAUGAUUUGCAAGUCACUGGUUCAGACAAUUGCACCUUCAAUGAGUCCCAGAAAGCUCUUGGAGCUAAGGACUUCACCAAAAUUCCAAAUGGUGUGAACGGUGUCGAAGAUAGAAUGUCUGUGAUUUGGGAACGUGGUGUGCACGCUGGUUUGAUGGAUCCACAGAGAUAUGUUGCCGUGACCAGCACUAAUGCAGCUCGUAUUUUCAAUUUAUAUCCACGUAAAGGCUGUAUCGCCGAAGGAUCUGAUGCUGAUAUCCUCAUUCUUAAUCCCACUAAGACGCGUGUUAUUUCAGCCAAGACACAUCAUCAGGCGGUGGAUUAUAAUAUUUUCGAGGGUAUGGAAUGUCACGGUGUUCCAGAAUACGUUAUUGUGAACGGUCGUGUUUGUGUCGACGAAGGCGACCUGAAAGUUGUGGAAGGCCAUGGAACUUUUGUAGAGACACCAUGUCAUGCACCAUUUGUCUAUGAGACACCACAAGGAUCCAUAGCAGCCGUAAAUGAUAUGACACAACAGUUGCAGAUAGAUGUGCCACCGAGCAACGGACACCAUGAACCACUACCACCAGCUGGAGCUCCUGCCUAUGCAAGAUCCCCAUACGCAUUAAGUCCGGCUUUAUCCUUUGCACCGAGUUUAGCCGACAGUACGGUGAGUAGUACCGGCAAAGCUCCCCGUCAGGAAGGACAGCGUAAUUUACAGGAUUCCACUUUCUCUAUCAGCGAAGAGUUGGAUGGUGGUGACAGACGCUCUUGUAUUCGCGUCAAGAACCCGCCUGGUGGAAAGUCUUCCGGUUUCUGGUAAAACCAGAACAGAGUGCAAUUAGUUAUAAUAUAUACUUACAACAUCACACUACAUAUACACUCACAAACACGAAUAGGACAACAUCACACAUAUUACUUAUUUGCAAUUCGAUAGAAAACUCAUAAUUAAGGAAGAAACGAAUUUAAAAUCAAUGUGUUUCGGAAUUUGGCAUUCCAUUACGCGUAACAGAGGUAAAGAAGAAAAUUAUGUUUUGGCAUUUUGAAGAUCCGACUUUUAAUAGAGGUAUUACAGAUGAAUUUUAAAACGAUGUUUAUUAUAAAACUAAGAAACUUCAUUUUAUGAAAAUCAAGUUAAUAAUUUAACAUAGUUUUUUUUUGUUACUGUUGCGCGUAUCAGAAUCACUUCGUUAAUUGCAUUUUAUGUAUCACUGAGACACAAACAAAGGGUCGGUGUGAUGUCGCGGCGGGAAUAAAAUUCUCAGGUACACAUUGUAAAAAGUAGAUGCCAAAAAUUGAGUUCAAAUCUUUACAACCUAUAAAGCUUUAUGAUUUUAUCCAAAGAUGAUAUAUUGUUGUAACAGUUUACAAAACUAGUCAUGAAGUUGUUUGUUAUUUUCAGAGUUUUGGGUAUAUUGUUUUUAUAUUUGCUGAUUUAGAAUCAGUUUUAGCUUUCUGUGCACACGCAGAUAACAUUAUUUUGACAGUAUUCUUGAUUGAUAUAUAUUAAUCUUGAGAUAUUUUUGAAAAAUAUUGAUUUGUGUUGGAAAGAUAUUACGAUAUAGUAUUUAAUUUAUUUAUUAUUUUCAAAAAUAUUUGUCAUCGACCCUACUGCGCGCCCUUGUUAUUUUGUUUUGAUAUAUAAGAUUUAUUGUUGCUUAGUACAGUUCAUAUAUUUAUUUAUUAGAUUAUAUCAUACU